GAGAGGCGGUUCGCCGUCUACGCCCUGUCCGACAAGAACGGCUCCCGCGCCGUGGCCGCACACGAAAGAGCGGUCUGGCACCUGGGCGCGGACGAGGACGGCACGCCGCUGCUGGAGGUGCACGCGCCGCCCGGCCAGGAGCUGAGGCAGGAGGCGGGCCGCCUCUUCGUCGUGCCGGCCUCUGCCGACGCGCCCGAGGCGCCCGUCCCCGCGGGAGAGGGCGAUGCCAAGGCGGUCGGCGGCGAGGGUUCGCCGCCCGCACCCGCACCUGGGAGCUUGGGCGUGCCCCUGGACCUCUCCGAGGAGGCCUGCGACGUUUCGCCGGACAAGAGCGCUAUGAGAUGCCGCCUGCCAGAGAACCACGUCAAGGAGGUGUCUGUCCGCUACACCAACGACGAGCUGUGA